GCUCGGUAAGAAGAGCGCCGCCGGAGCCUGGCGCAGCCAGGGCGAGGAUGGACGACGACUUUAAGGAGCUGCGCGGCCUGCGCCGGCGGCCGGCGGGGGGUCGGCGCCGGCGGGAGGCGGCUGAGGGCUCCGGGGAACCGUCCGCCGCCUCGUCCUCCUGCCCCGCUCCAGGCGAGCCUCCUUCCUCCGGGGUCGUGGCGUUACCGGCCCUUCGGCAGGAGGACGGGGAGCUGAGCGGGGGCGGGGCCGGGCCAGAGGCGCGCGUCUUCUGUCAACUCUGCGGCAAGGACCUCUCGCGCCUCAACGCCGCCCGGCGCCAGCAGCACGCCAACCGAUGUUUGGAUGGCAUGGAGAGGCUUCAUCUACCAGUGGCUAGUAGUAUUUCAGAGUGCCCUAUCUGUGGAAAGGGCUUCAGUGUACUUGAGGGCCGAGGCAACCACUUGAAACGCUGUGCGGCCAGGAUGGCAGUCCCUCCCCACCUGCUGCUUCAGGCCCUGAGACAGAAGACCUCUGCCCUUGGCAGCAGCUUCCCUGCGGCCCUGAGUGGAUUGAAGCGAAAAGGAUCCUCCUGUGUGGAGCAAUCAACAAAAAAGCGCAAGACUGAAUCUAGAAGGGAAGAUAUAGAGGAGGAGCUGCUGCUUGCCAUGGCAAUGUCACGAUCUCUCCAUGAGGAAGAUGAGGCAAAGGCCAAAUUGCUGACAAGUGGGAGACGGAACAGAGCUUGGCAUGGAAAGAAGAACCCCAAAGCAGAGAAAAAGAACCGUGUGAUGCCUCCUCACUCACCACCAACACUCUUGCUCCAAGACCUAGAGAAGGCCCGCAAACAAACUGAGGAGCGAGUGGCAUUGCUGCUAUCCGAAGUGGAAGAAUUUCCCAGCACCCCUUCUCUGCCUACCAGCCAACUCUUGGAGUCUGAGCUGUCCGGGAAAGUGGACUGGCCUCUGGCAUCGUCCAAAAGGCCACCAUGUUCUUUGUGGGAAUGGAGCUCGUUAAUAGGACUGUCUGCUUCUGGACCCUUCUGUGUGGCUGGCUCGACUCUUCCUGCUUUACAGUGGCAGACAGAUCAGAGACUGGCAUGGAGCUCAGUUUUGCCAUUAUUGGGAUCUGACAGAGCAGAGUCUGAGGAGAUGCUCCUUGAUAAUGGGCUUCUCCAAGAAAGAGUCUGUGGAAACCUUCAAGACAAGAGUCCCAGAGAGGAAAGGAAGGAAUUAGUCUGCAGCCAGAAGGAUGCAGACACUCUGCAGCAUCUCAUGGAGCUGGCUGGAGAAGGACUGACACUCACUCAGUGGAAUCCAGCUGUCCAGCAAACAGAGGAAUUAGGGCAAGAGGUGGUGCCAGGCAAUAUCCUGCAAAGCAAUCUUGAUCGGUCACGCAAGGAGAAGGUGCUUCUGAAAAGCAGCAGUCAGCCAUUCUUGCUUGGCUCCUUAGCAGCAGCCUUCAGGGGGAUGGUUAAUAAUCCCCAUCUAAGUGACAUCCAGUUUCAGGUGGACAGCGGAGAGGUCUUUUAUGCUCACAUGUUUGUGCUUUAUGCCCGAUGCCCACAGCUAAUGGAAGUUGUUGAUCAGAGAGGUUUCGUGGUGGCAGAAGAAGGAGGAGGGAGGACCCGUCGUGUGCUGCUGAAUGAUGUCCCAGGAGAGGCUGCUCGUGUGUUCUUGAACUAUCUCUAUACUGCGGAUGACUUCAUUCCUCCAGACAUGCUUUCAGAUGUGGCUGGUCUGGCCAUGAGAUUUGGGGUGGCCGAGUUGGCAGCUCUGUGUGCAAGCCACGGCUGGUGUGGGCAUCCUGAUGUUGGCACCUCUGGAAGGGAAGAGGAAGAAAGAGUUGAGAAGUUUGAGGAGCUCCUGAAGUCCAUAUGGGUGGGCGAAGAGGAAGAGGACAAAGCUUUGCUGCAAGAGGAGCCAGGCACUGAGAACAUGGUGGAUGAGCAGGAACUAGAGGAGAUCUAUGAGUUUGCUGCCACCCAGCGGAAAGUAGAGGAGGAAGGCUGCAGCAGUCAGAGAAACACAAUGGCUAAUGUUGGUGCUUGGCCCACGGUUGAAUCAGAGGAGGUGGCAGGGCCAGAGAACUCCAUAGCGGUUGUGAUCCAUACAAAAUGGAAGAGCAGCCUUGACCUGGAGCCAUCCCAGCUGCAGGUACAUACCAGAAAAGAGACUGAGACAAAUCUUCCUCCUGAGCCCCAGCAGGAUGCUGAGCAGCAGAGACCCCUCAGAGCAGCCAUUGGAAGACAUCCGACUUCAAAGGAGCUGGGAGAUAAGAGCCUCAAGUCUGCAUCAUUGGGAGAAUAUGUGGAGCUUUUCCAACAGAGUUACAAUGACAGGGAACCCAGUGAUGAUGCAACUGGUGAGGAUGUCACAGAGAUUAAGUCUUCCACUCCCCUGCGACUGGGGAAGGGACUUUUGCCAGUUUCAAGGAACUUUUCCAGUGGUGAUUUUCAGGAACUGCUUGUGCCCCCCACAUCUCCCAAACAGAGGGGAGGUUUUUGCAGAGAACUCUCGCCUACUCUCUUUUCUCCAACACCGCCAGAGGCAACUGGGAGGCCCUCUCAAAUCGAAGAACAGAAAUUCUCCAAGAUGAAGAGAGUGGCUUCUUUAGAAGUGAUUGCUAGCAGAGCUGCAGACAGCGCCAAAUAUGCCCCACCAUCUCCGCCACUCUCCUCCCGUGUGAACUGUCUGAUGCUGGACCCUGAUGAAGAGGUGAAGUUUGACCAAAGGAAGCAGGAGGAGGAGAUGGGAUUCCUGUCCAAGGAGUGGGAGGCAUCUUGGAAAGAGUCAAGGGCAAUGGAAGGUGAACUCAGCUUGGGUGUAGAUGUUUCCUGCUGCCAGGGGCAGUCUUUGGAGGAUCAGAACAAAUUGGGCACCGGGGAGCCUUUGCUGGGUGAGCUUCCUUGUAGUGAAGCAGAGACUUGUGGCAAAAGGCUUGUGUCAGUCAGUCCUCUGCUGAAUUGCAGUGGCCCAAAUGCUAAACAGGUUGCAAAACCUGGAUGGACCUCUGGACCUGAAGAUCAAUGGACUGGAGACGCACAGGACAGCCAUCUUGUUCAGAAGUCUGUGGUGAUCCCUAACUCAAAGAGGCAGUCGCUGCGGGACUUUCUUCCACUUGGUCAUGGAUCUCCACGCUCGCCUGCCUGCCUAGCCGGAGGUGGAAAGACUGAGGCUGAUGUGGUGGUUGUGGAUGACAGUGAAGAGGAGCCUGAGGCAGCAGCACAUCUUUCAUGGGGCAGCAUUGUGUGGGAAGAGGAUCUGCCAGUUUCUGAGCAGAGCAACAGUAGGAGCCUGAAUUUUCGAGGUCAGGGUGACUGUGGGGAAGAUGAGCCUGAGGUCCUUCCUCUCACCCAGAGGCUGUCUGCUACAGUGCCUGUUCACAAGACUCCUGAUCUUGUCUGCCAAGAGAGGGAAGGACCAUGCACAAGUCCACUGACUCCUAUGCCAUCUUACUCUAUCAUGGAGACCCCAGAGCUGAAGAAAGAAUUGAGCAGGUUUGGGGUCCGCACUCUACCUAAGCGGCAGAUGGUGCUGAAGCUGAAGGAGAUAUUUCAGUAUGUUCACCAAAGAACUGACUCCAAAGACGAGGCCACGUCCUCUCGGCCGGGCUUAGGCUGCGUGACCCAGACAGCCCCACGUGCACCUCUCUCAGCCGUUGCUUCUAGCAUAUGCCUGGAGAAGCAACCCAGAUUUCCAGAUCUCCCACAAGUGCUUCUGGAUGGGGGCAGCUCCAGGGAUCCCUCUGGGGCAGGUGAUCAAGGGACUGGGCAAAUGGCCAAGCGGCACUGCCUGCCAGCUGGGAGAGCAACUGUUGCUUCAGCAGAGGUUCCCAUUAGUAUCAGCCAGUCUCUCACGGCAUCUCCGAAGUCGGCUGCCAGUGAUGCUUCUUUGGUUUUGCAGAGUUCUUCAACUGAGUGUGAGACCAGCAUGCUGGCCAAGGAGGAAGAAGACAUCCCAGCCUCUCAGUCAACAGGCCACGAGGCAGACACGUUGGUGGCGUUGCGGCAGUACAUCCAUUCCAAGCCAGCUCUUUGCCGCCAGAUUUUGUUGUACCAGCCAUUUGAACUGGCUAGACUGCAAUCUGAAUUGAAGCAGAAUGGCAUCAGGAUUGCCCUGGGCAGGCUGCUAGAAUUUCUGGACGCGCACUGUAUCACGUUCACCACAGCAGAAGCUCGGAGGGAGAAAAAGCAGCAGCGUGGGCACCAGCGCCAGGGGAGGAGAAGAUACUGAGUGGAUACUGAUACUGAUACUGAGUGCCAGUGAUGGGUCAUUGGCAGACCUCUGCGCAAUCUUCUUUCAGUCUUGCGUCCUGUGUGUUUCUUCUUCUAAUGUGUACCUGAAAGGCGGGGUGGCUCUUCACCUUGUCUUUCUUUAGAAGGCUUUUCUGUCAUGGACUCCGGUCUCUGGAAAACACCAGGAGGACUGUGGGGGAAUGUGCUGGUCAUUCAGGUUUUUUCCCUUCAUGGUAGUCUUGUUCAUUGCCUGCCUCAGUGCAGCCUAACCCUAGUAGUAAAAUUAUUUGUGCCCCACCUACUGCCUUAAAAAUGUUGCCCUACGCCUCUGUAAAAUAAAAGUGUUCUUUUGUAAAAA